AUGGAUGUUAUCAAGGCAAUGCAAAGUUACAUUGAUAAAAUGAUCAACGACGUCGUUGGAAUGAAGGCUUUAUUACUCGAUAUUGAAACUACCCCAAUAGUUUCUCUUGUAUCAACACAGUCGGCAUUGCUGACAAAGGAAUGCUAUCUUAUUGAUCGCAUCGAUAAUCGAAAUCGAGAAAAAAUGAAGCAUUUGAAAUGCAUAUGCUUUCUACGACCGACACGCGAAAGUAUCCAAUACCUUGUUGAAGAAUUACGAGAGCCUGCUUAUGGCGAUUAUUACAUAUAUUUUAGUAAUGUGCUACGUAAAGCAGACAUCGAGCUUUUGGCCGAAGUAGACGAGCAUGAAGUGGUGCGCGAAGAAUAUUUCGGUGAUUAUCAAGCGAUCAAUCCAGAUCUGUUUUCACUUGGUAUGUCACCCACCCAGAUUUUUGGCGACAGUGCAGCCACUUGGAAUCCGGAGGCUUUCGACAAGUCUGUUCAAGGGAUUUGUGCCGUUUUGUUGAGUCUCAAAAAGAAACCACUUAUACGGUAUGAAAAAGCCAGUCCACUGGCGCAGAGAAUAGCUCAGGAGGUGCAGCAUCGUAUUCAACAAGAAGGCCAGUUAUUCGACUUCCGUCGUCCAGAUACACCGCCUAUCCUGUUGAUUUUGGACCGUCGCAAUGAUCCAGUCACCCCGCUCCUCACGCAAUGGACGUAUCAAGCUAUGGUUCAUGAAUUGAUCGGUAUCCACCAUGGCCGCGUCGAUAUGUCCAACGUACCUGAUAUCCGAAACGAAUUAAAGGAAAUCGUCUUGUCGCCAGAUCAAGAUCCAUUUUUUAGAAAAUCGAUGUAUCUCAAUCUCGGCGAUCUGGGAGCUACUAUCAAACAAUACGUCGACGAAUACCAAACGAAAACAAAAUCCAACAUGAAUAUUGAAUCUAUUGCAGAUAUGAAACGCUUUGUUGAAGAAUAUCCCGAAUUUCGUAAACUAUCUGGCAACGUAUCCAAGCAUGUAGCCCUAGUCAGCGAGUUGAGUCGAAGGGUAUCCCAAGAAAAGCUUCUGGAGACCAGCGAGCUGGAACAGAACCUUGCUUGCAAUGAGAACCACAACAACGACCUCAAGAUGAUCCAACAACUGAUUGAAAACGAGCAAAUAUCGGACGACGCCAAAGUACGACUGGUGUUAUUGUAUGCUUUACGAUAUGAGAAAGCUCCCAACAAUUCGAUCAAGAGCUUGGUUGAUCUGUUAGAUCAAGUAGGAGUGAGCGAACAGAAAAGCGCGUUAGUACCGGCCAUACUGUUUUAUGCUGGUUACCAACAGCGUCAAGAUGAUUUGUUUUCAAAUCAAACGUUUUUAUCCCGAGGUAAAAGUGCUCUCAAAGGCUUGAAGGGAGUGGAGAAUGUAUAUACCCAGCACACUCCUUUAUUGGGCGAGACUUUGGAUCUCUUGAUCAAGGCUCGCCUCAGGGAUACUAGUUAUCCUUGUGUCAGCGGCAACGAUAUGAUUCCCAAGGAGAGGCCGCAAGAUAUCAUUGUGUUUAUGUGCGGAGGAACGACUUACGAAGAAGCUCGAUACGUAGCACAACUGAAUGCAGCUGUACCAGGUAUUCGGAUCGUGCUUGGCGGUACCAAUAUUCACAACUCUAAAAGGUCAGUCAUAUGGUGGCAUGACUCUAUGGCAUAUAUCCUAAAUAACCGCGACAUGAUAUGA